AAAGAAAAAGAGCUUCUUCUCUGUAUAUUUCUCUCAGAUUCAUCAGAUCCCACCCUAAAAGCAAAAACAUCCCUCUCUUUCAUCUUCUCUCUCUAUUUUUCUCAUUCUUACUUUUUCCUGGUUCUAUUUCGAGAAGGGGUUUCUUUUUCUUUUUCUUCAUCUUUUUUUUGCUUUGCUUCAUUCGUUCAUAUUGCCCUUACCUUUCAGUCUCUCUACAAGCCCAUUGAAACCCAUGUUUGUAUGAGUUCAAUCUUGGGCUUUUUCGUUUUGUUUUGUGGACGAAAAAAGUGGGUUUUGGUGAAGUCAUUUGAGAAGUUGGUCGGUUUCUAAACGGUUUUUUUAAUGCACCGCUUUGCAUUGCACUGGUCUGGCUUUUGCACCGACUUCAUUAGGGUUUUCUGAGGGUUUAAAAGCUUUUAAGUGGCUUUGUUUAGAGUCUUUUCAGUACUCUCAGCAUUCAGAUCUGGAGCUUGGGUUUGUCAGAUGAUAUUUUGUUAAGCCCUGGAUAUAUAAUUUUUUUUUUCUCUGGACGGUUGGAUGUAUUCUUGUUUGUCUUAGGUUUCUGGGGACCUUUGAAUUUAUUCAAAUUCAGUUCCCGAGUUGAUAUUUUCAACCGUUAGUCUUUGACAUCAUAUUUUACCAUCUGGGUAUCUCUGGUUUGAACUAAGAAGAUGCAUAGGCCUCCGCCUGAAGAUUUCUCCUUGAAGGAGACAAACCCACAUCUUGGUGGGGGGAAGAUCACUGGAGACAAGCUUACGAGCACCUAUGACCUCGUUGAGCAAAUGCAGUAUCUCUAUGUCCGAGUCGUUAAGGCAAAGGAUUUACCUGGAAAAGAUGUCACUGGGAGUUGUGAUCCUUAUGUUGAAGUUAAGCUUGGAAACUAUAAGGGUACAACUCCACAUUUCGAGAAGAAACCUAAUCCAGAAUGGAAUAGGGUGUUUGCUUUCUCGAAAGAUCGGAUUCAGUCUUCUGUUCUUGAGGUUACUGUCAAGGACAAGGAUUUUGUGAAGGAUGAUUUCAUGGGUCGUGUUCUUUUCGACAUGAAUGAGAUUCCGAAACGAGUUCCACCUGAUAGUCCUCUGGCUCCGCAAUGGUAUAGGUUGGAGGAUAGACAUGCGGUUAAGGUUAAGGGUGAGCUUAUGUUGGCCGUUUGGAUGGGAACCCAAGCCGACGAAGCCUUCCCUGAAGCAUGGCAUUCUGAUGCUGCAGCAGUCAGUGGGGCUGAUGGUCUUGCAAAUAUGCGGUCAAAGGUAUAUCUUUCUCCCAAGCUUUGGUAUUUGAGGGUUAAUGUAAUUGAAGCUCAGGACUUGAUACCGACCGACAAGGGCAGAUAUCCUGAAGUUUUUGUGAAGGCUAUCCUGGGAAAUCAGGCUUUGAGGACCAGAAUUUCUCAAAAUAGGGGUAUCAAUCCUAUGUGGAAUGAAGAUUUGAUGUUUGUAGCAGCAGAGCCUUUUGAUGAGCCCUUGAUUUUAAGUGUGGAAGACAGAAUUGCACCAAACAAGGAAGAAGUUUUGGGAAGGUGUGCAAUUCCUUUGCAAUAUGUGGACAGGAGGUUAGAUCAUAAACCUGUAAAUACAAGGUGGUUUAAUCUUGAAAAACAUGUGAUCAUAGAAGGUGAAAAAAAGAAGGAUAUCAAAUUUGCGAGCAGGAUUCAUAUGAGGAUUUGUCUUGAGGGUGGUUACCAUGUUCUUGAUGAAUCAACACAUUAUAGUAGUGACCUCCGACCAACCGCAAAACAGCUGUGGAAGACUAGCAUAGGAGUUCUUGAGGUGGGAAUUCUGAAUGCUCAGGGAUUGAUGCCAAUGAAGACAAAAGAUGGGAGGGGAACAACUGAUGCUUAUUGUGUGGCCAAAUAUGGGCAGAAGUGGGUUCGCACCAGAACUAUUAUUGAUAGCUUUACUCCAAAGUGGAAUGAGCAGUAUACUUGGGAAGUGUCUGAUCCCUGUACGGUUAUAACAAUUGGGGUUUUCGAUAAUUGUCAUUUGCAUGGUGGAGAUAAAGGUGGUGGAGCAAAGGAUUCUAGGAUUGGUAAGGUAAGGAUUCGUCUUUCCACCCUUGAAACAGAUAGGGUUUACACACACUCCUAUCCUCUUCUUGUUCUACACCCAAAUGGGGUGAAGAAGAUGGGUGAAAUUCAUUUGGCUGUGAGGUUCACUUGUUCUUCUUUGCUUAAUAUGAUGCACAUGUACUCACAACCGCUGUUGCCAAAAAUGCAUUAUAUUCAUCCAUUAACCGUUAGUCAGCUUGAUAGCUUGAGGCACCAGGCUACUCAAAUUGUGUCAAUGAGGUUGAGCAGGGCUGAGCCACCCUUGAGGAAAGAAGUGGUAGAAUUUAUGCUUGAUGUGGGCUCUCACAUGUGGAGUAUGAGGAGAAGCAAAGCCAACUUUUUCCGAAUUAUGGGAGUUUUGAGUGGGCUUAUUGCUGUGGGAAAAUGGUUCGAUCAGAUCUGCAAUUGGAAAAACCCCAUUACAACUGUUCUGAUUCAUAUCCUGUUUAUAAUAUUGGUCAUGUACCCUGAGCUUAUAUUGCCUACAAUUUUCCUCUACCUCUUCUUGAUUGGAGUUUGGUACUACAGAUGGAGGCCAAGGCAUCCUCCUCACAUGGACACUCGGCUCUCACAUGCUGACUCUGCGCACCCCGAUGAACUCGAUGAGGAAUUUGACACGUUCCCAACUUCUCGACCUACUGACAUUGUAAGAAUGAGAUAUGAUCGACUGAGGAGUAUUGCUGGCAGAAUCCAGACAGUGGUUGGCGACUUGGCCACUCAAGGGGAGAGGCUGCAAUCUCUCUUGAGCUGGAGAGACCCAAGAGCAACUGCUCUGUUCGUGAUCUUCUGUCUGAUUGCUGCCAUUGUCCUGUAUGUUACACCAUUCCAAGUUGUGGCACUUCUCACUGGAUUCUACGUUUUGAGACAUCCGAGAUUCCGUCAUAAGCUUCCUGCUGUGCCUCUGAAUUUCUUCAGGAGGUUGCCUGCAAGAACUGACUGCAUGUUGUGAUCAGGGCCAGUUCAUUUGCAAUUGCCAUCGAGUUUUCUGGCACAAGACGAACCUUCUCCAUCUGGUGACAAAAGUGAAGAAGAUCUAGUAAUAUAGACCUUUAUUUAUUUUCAAUGUUUAACAGUCAUGAAGGAGGGGCGGAAACAAGAGAGCUUAUUUACAUUCCCAGUGUUUUAGCAGCUGAUGAUGUAUGGACCUUCACCCGAAGGUAGUAGUUUUUCCCGUGAAUUUACUGUUCAUCAUGUCAGCUGCAUGAUUUUUUUUUUAGCUUUUGGACUUGACCUUGUUAUAUUAAUUAUUUAUGUUAUUUGUAAUCUUGUAGGCUGUGAUUGGAAUUAGCAUAUCCUGAACCUUUUUCUAUGUGUUUAAUUAUAUCUUCACAAAGUUUUUCAAAUGAA